CCUGUUCACUAUUACCCGGCUUCUCACUCACUCUUCUCUUCGUCAAAUAUCUUCUUCAACAAUCACUUAACUGGGUAUUACCCAAAACAUUGCUUCUGCUUCCCUAUUUCUUCUUUCUCGAAAAAAGUUCACUCAGAAACCCUUAAACCCCUAAAUUCUCUCUCCCUCCGCACAACCCACUUCGCCGUUUCUAUACCCUUCAUCGUCAUCGUCAUCGUCAUCGUUAUCGCUACCAGCUUUAUAAUCAUGACUGUUAGAAGGAAGAGUAAAUUUUGCAAGGUGAAAUCCACUGAGGAAGUACACAAACGGACAAUGCACAUACCGACAGGCAAAUUAGUUGAGCAAGUUAAUGGAAGGAGGACUCGUCUUCAAUCAAAGUUAGGGUUUUUGGAAGAAGCUGUACAAAGAAAUACUAAAGAUAUGCCAACCGGGAAAAGGUCACGUCGAACAAUGGUAACAAGGAAGGACUCUUCUAAAAAGGAAACACCAAUAGCUCUCAUAGGCUCCUCUACGGCUGGUACUAGGAAGUCUAGUAGAAAAUCAUCUGUAGAUAAAAUACCAACACCUCCUCCUAUAGUCUCUACUGAAAAAUUGUCCAGAAAACCGUACAAAGCCUCCAUUAGUCCAAUAUUAGUUACACCAGCAGCCAAGCCUCAUAAAGAAGAAACACCAAUAGCUCACAGAUGCUCCCCUACGGCCGGUACUAGGAAGUCUCUUAGAAAAUCAUCUGUAGAUAAAGUACCAUCACCUCCUCCUAUAGUCUCUACUGAAAAAUUGUCCAAAAAACCCUACGAAGCCUCACCUUGUCCAAUAUUAGUUACACCAGCAGCCAAGAAUAGGGGAUCUCUUAAAAGAAUGGGAAGAGAGAAAAUUUCAGAAGCAAGCCCUUCAAAGAAACAGAGAUCAACCACACCACCACUUGAGUCGCCUGAGAAAUCACAAGAAGCCCCUAUAAAAGCAAAUCCUAACCCUGCAAUAUCAACAAGAAAAUCACAUCACCUACAGUCUUUAGAAGUAGAGAAUCUUGAAAACAUAACAACAGGUGAUCAUAACUUGGUGAUGGACAAAGAAGUACCUAAGGAAGUUGCAACCCCUGCUAAAGAAUCUACACAAAAGAAUACAAGAGGACCAACUAAAAUGAAGACUCUUGCAGUAGACAUUGACAGUCGUUUAGAAGUGAAGUUUAAUUCUACGGGUCAACCAAUUGGUGAGACAUCAGUGACUUUGUCUUCAUUUUUAGGACCAUUGGUGAGAGAAAUUGUACCUAUAACCAUACCUGAUUGGAGAAAGGUUACUAAAGAAUUGAAAGAUAUUUUAUGGAACUAUGUUCAGGCAAGAUAUAAGGUUGAUGAAGAUUGGCAAAAACGUUAUAUAAUUAGAAGUAUGGCAGAUCUAUGGAGAGCUUCAAAAUCAAGAUUGGUUGCUAAACUUCAAGAGGCACCAAAUGAAGAAGUGAGAUUAAAAUUACGACCUAAGAACAUCAAGUCUGCAGAUGAAUGGAAAACUUUUGUCAGGGAGAAAACCAGUUCUGAAUUUAAGGCUAAAAGUGAGAAAUUCAGAGAGAGACGGAAGAAUUAUGUUCCUCAUACUUGUAGCCGCAAAGGAUAUGCACGAUUGAUUGAUGAUUUGAUGAAUGAUAGUGCAAGCAAAGAAGUUCCUUCCAGGAUUGAUGUUUGGACGAAGGCACAUAAGAAGAAAAAUGGUGAACCUAUAAAUGCAGAUGUUGCUGAAACUUUUGAGUUGGUGGAAGAAUAUAAAAAAGAUACAAUUAUGUCUUCCGUUACUGGUGUUAACGAGGAUAUUCUUUCAAAAGUGAUUGGUCCUGAAAAGAACAGUUACGUGAGAGCUUAUGGAAGAGGAGUUACUCAAACAAAGUUGGCAAUUGGAUCAAUGAGAGAUGGUUAUAUGACUCAUUUAAAAGGUCAACGCAAAGAGUUGAAAGAGAAAAUGAUACAUAUGGAGCAUAUGAUUCAGUUAAAAGAUCAAUACAAAGAGUUAAAAGAACGAAUGACACAUAUGGAUCAACUAAUUCAUUCGUUAAUGAAAAAUCAGAAUCAAUCUGACCAGACUGUGGAGCAAUCACAUAUUCAAGUGUCUGGUGAUAUGAAUGCAAAGGUUAACACACAUGGUGAUAGAUGCAAGAUUUUAGAUUGGUGUGGAUCUGGCGAAACUAUUGCAGAUGGGCACUUCAUCUCAUCCGAUCCAAAGGAUCUCGUCCAUCAUAUUCCUCUCGGACCCAAUGCUAUGAAAGUGGGAAUAGAUUCUGUAAGACAACCCGGUGCAUUUUUGUGGAGGCCUACUCCAACCAUAACUUGUAUUGAAGAAGCUGUUGGUAAUACAAUUGCAUGGCCAGCUGAUAAAAUUAUAAUGAGCUGCAAAUCAACAAGAAAUCGAAAGAUUGAAGCAACAGAAGAAGGACAUGCAAAGAUGGUGGACGAUGGAUCAGACUAUAAUAAUGGACUCGACUGUUUACUUUCAGCUUGCUUUCAGAAUGGUUGAAUUCUUUCCAUGUCUUCUUGUUUUGGUUGUUGUGCACUUUCUGGUUAAGUGUAUUGGGUAGAAGAUUAUGGAAUAUCUCCUUUUGUAUCUUUGUACUAGUUUGGAUUAUCAGUUAAAAGUUUGUAUUUAAUCUUUUAGUUCUUUCAUAUAAUAUACUUAACUAGUUAACGCCAA